AUGCCAAGGACGAGACAUCCAAAACCACCGACAAUACCGCUAAACACCAUCGCCCCACUUGACUUGCAUCUGUUGAAGCACCUGGUGGAACUGCUCACGGCAGAUGUUUAUAGCGAAGAAAUCUGCAGCUAUCUUGACGAAGUUGGCCGGUCGAAGUCCAGCAGACUCAGAGAUAAGACCAAACAGAGCCUUAUUGGUGCAGCCAUGGAUAAAGUGUUCCUGCGCUCGGCCAUUCUCUUUUGCGUGGAUGUGGAGGCAUGGGAACGUCAGAUUUCGCGAGUGACUGAGAUAGGUGUAGCUAUCUAUGAUCCUCGUGGCCAGGAAAUGGCACUUUCACCUUUCAUCAAGACAUACCAUAUCCUUAUUGAAGAGAAUAAGCACCUUAAAAAUGGACAGUUUGUACCACACCAUGCAAACAACUUCAACGGAGGUGUAUCCUAUGUUCUUAAGAAAAAUGAUGCCACUUCGUUAAUGCAACGACUUGUCAAUGAAUAUUUUAACCAUCCUAUGCCGUGCUUACUUGUCGGUCAUGAUGUUCGUGGUGACAUUAAGUGGCUCAAGCAGUUGGGAGUUCGGAUUCCCGACCAAGUUGAAGUGCUAGACACCCAAACAUUGUAUUCACAAACGCAUGGUAAACAGGGCAACAGUUUGAAGAAUGCACUUCGAGAUAUUGGUCAGCCUUAUGCAUUUUUGCAUAAUGCGGGAAACGAUGCAUACUUCACGGUACUUUUGGCCAUGAGGUUGUGUGAUCCCCAGGUCAGAAGAAUGACGUAUUUUGAUGAGGAUGCUGACGAAACCAGCCAAGGAAGGCAAAUCAAUAACUUAUUGGACCAUAACACGAGCAAAACGGUAGUGGCCACAGUCGAGGGUGUCAUGAAUAAUGCGGUGACCCUAUCAUAA